UCGGGGCAAUUGAUCGGGUCGUCGGCUGAGCUACACGAUGAAGCGCGCCACCUGGCGCUCCGCUAGGCAGCACGUCAAAGCCGUCCGCACCUGCGAUACCGAGCGGCUCGAGCAAUCCCUCGCAGAAGCCGCUGCCGCCUUCCCGGGGUGCGCCGAGCGCGUUCUGGCCGUACUGAUCCACGUGCGAGCCUUCAGCCUCGCGGACGCGCUUGACUGCAUGAAAGCUGCAGGCUUCCGCGUCGGCCACGCGCUGCUCACGCUUGACGUCUUCCUCAGCUCGUCCCACGCGCACGAUGGACGGCAGAGCGAGGCGCGGCUAACCCUCGCCGACUUUGAGCUGGCCUUCACCUUCUGGGACAAGCUCGAGGACGCCGUCAAGGCCUGGCUGAGCGUGAGCUUUGUGCGAGUGUGGCAGUCGCCCGCGGGCGCCGGCCUCCCAGGCCCUCUUCUCUUCCGCCUCAAGGAGCUGUGGCAGCACACGCCGCCGACUGCGAAACAGCGGCUGCCGCCCGCGCGCGCAUGCGGCUUGGGCAGGAGCAAGGAGGAGACGUUCGACCUGCUGGACAGCCACGUCGACCUCAAUGGCGACACGACGGCGCUUGUCGGCGAGCUUCUCUCGCGCGGCUUUCUGCCGCCGGACGAGACGCUCGGGCGGCACGGCCUCAUCGGCGGGCUGGUCUGGACGCGGCCGGAGCUCGCGGCGGAGCGGCUGCUUGCGGGCACGAUCGCCCUGGACAAGCCUCAGCCGACCAUCGCGCGCGCGCUCGCGGCCGCCAUCGCCGACUCGAGCAGCGAGCUGACCGACCGUGCGGUGAAGCACUUUGGCCGCUUCGUCGACCUCCUGUCCGAGAGCCUGCCGCAGAGCACCAACGCUGCGCUCGCGAUGGCCGGGCCGCUGCUGGCGGUGGCGGCGCGGCUCAAGGAGGAGGAGCGCAGGCCGAUCCUCGGCGCGCUCUCGGGCAUCUACCUCGGGCCUGCGCCGGGCGAGACGCGCGUGGCCGAGGUCGUCCACCCGCGCGCGGGCGCUCUGGCGUGGUUCACCAACCGCACGGUGCUCCAGCCCUCCUACGAGAUCUUCCUCGACACGGCGAUCCGCGCCAUCUCGCUCCGCGAGCUCGUGGGCGCCGUGCGGCCCGUCGAAAGCCUUCGCGUCAGCCGCGGCUUCCAAGAGCGGCUGCACGCGUGGGCGCUUGCGCAGCUCGAGAGGCGCGAUGCCACCAGCACGCAGCAGCUGCUGCAGUUCCUCACCCGCUGGCUCGUCAAGCUCUGCACGGCCGAGCAGGUCGUCACCUGGUGGCUGCGCGCCGUCGACGCAGCCAACUCGUGGUCCUUCUUGCUCGCCUCGCUUCCCGCCGCCUCGGCGGCGAGUGAAUGCGACGAGCGGCUGCACGCUCGUGUCGCCGAGCUGCUCGAGGGCGACACGUGCGCGACGCCGGCGCGCGCCGACGCGGUGCUGCUCGCCUUUGCCGCCCUCUGGCCGCAGAAGGUGCUGUCCCAGGUGGGCAUUGCCGCGUGGCUCCCGCUUAGCCGCCGUCGCGCGUCGCCGCCGCCGAGCGUGGUCUCGGGCACGCUCGCCAGCGCUCGCACGGCGGAGAGCGCCGCGCACAUCAACGACGCGCUCGCGCCCGAGGCUGAGAUGGCGCGCGUGCUCGCGGCGCACCCGCUGAUGCACAAGACCAAGACGAAGAGGGAGUUCGAGCAGCUCGAGGAUUGGGUGCUCCGCCUCGAGCCGCGCCUGCUCCGUGCGGCGCCUGUCCAGGCGCGGCUCGUGGAGUUGCUCUGCGCGACUUGGUCCGACCGCGCGCGGCUGCUCGUCCUGUGCGAGAAGUUCGCGUUCAAGCUGCUCGUCGUGAGCGAGACGCCGGGGGACAUCGCGUCGCUCGUCACUUUCCUCCGCAAGUGCCCGCACCUCGGCGGCAAGCACGACUUCCUCAAGCGGCAGCUGGCGCGGUAUGCGUCCGCCUCGACCGGUGGAGGCCUCAAGCUCGCGCCCCUGCUCCCGCUGCUAGAGGCGUUUGCCCCAACGGCGGAGGCGCUGAUCGACCUGCUGCACGCGCUGCUCUACUUCCCGCUGUUUGAGAUGUGCAACUUUGAGAUGUGCAACGAUGUCGUCGACCCGCCGGUGGUAGCGCUGCUAUACCGUCUCCUCGCGGCGGAGGAGGAGGCGGAGCGGCGCGUGCUCCUGCUGCGCUCCUGCCGCUUCCGCACGCCGCCGCCGCCUGAGCGAGACGAGUGCGUCGAUAGCGAGGCCUUCGAGGCCGCCGCCACUGCCGCCGCCACUGCCGGCACUGGCGUCGCCGCGGCGACGCCUGACGUGGGCGACGCGCCGCCGCCCCUCGACUUGCCGUGCCCACUCUUCCGGCACUUCGGCCCUCACGGCGAGGCGGUGGUGCUCGAGUACCUGCGCUCGGCCUCGCCCAAAUCGCUGGUCAAGCUCUUUGGCGGCGGCGGCGAGGCCGAGGCACAGCAAGAGGGCGCCGCCUUCGCCAAGCUGUGCGGCGUCGCGAUGCGCUCGUGGCGGCUGGCGGCGUGCCGCCUCGAGGAGGUUGCGGACGUCCUGACCGUGGUCGGCUGGUUCCCGGAGGCGCGCUCCCGCUGCGCGCCGCUCGUGUGGGGCGCGGGCGACGACAGCGGGCGGUUCGAGGCGCUGACGGUCGAGUCGCAGGUGGAGCAGCACACGGCGCAGGUGCGGCAGGUGCUCGCGAGCACGCCGCCCGACCUCGGGGCGCUGCCGCGCAAGUGGUGGCACUGCGUGCCGUGGGGCCGCUGUACCGAGGCCGACUUGGCCCAGCUGGUGGGCGCGGGGGUCGAGGUGCCCCUCAGCGAGGUGGGCUUCGCGGCGCGCGGCUGGCCCACGCAGCAAUUGCUGCUCGAGGCGCACGCCGACGACGUCGCCGCGCUCGUCGAGUUCGCGCCGCAGGCCGAGGGGCCGAUUGGGGUGUACCUCCAGCGGGUCUUCGAGCUGCUGCCGGCGUCGGACAGCCUGCUGCGCAAGCUGGGCGACGGCGUCGAGGACGAGGAGCGGCUGCAGAGCGGGUGGAACCAGCUGCUGCACACACUCCUCGCGAAGAUUAAGCUGCGCAUCCGCGAGCAAGGCAACCCUUUGCACUCCGAGGAGCAGCUGCUGCUCUUCGGCGGCUGCGCCACACGGCUCGCCGACCCGUCCAACUCAACGCUACUCGCCGACCUGAUGGAGGCGAAGUUGGUCGACCCCUCGCACAUCUUCGAGCUCAUCAAGUUCGUCCUCGGCUGCAAGUACGUGCCCAACCAAAGCGGGCUGCUGCACGUCGUGCGCGACUCGGCGCUGCGCGCGAUGAUGCGCCUCGACAAGGGAGAGCGCGACGAGCUGCACCGCACGCUACUGCAGGGGAGGGAGAGCGCGCUGCCGCUGCAGGUGCUCUUUUCCCUCGCCGUCACGGAGCUCGAGGGGUCCGGGCACCCCCUUGUGGUGCGCCAGACGGAGAGGCUCGAUGCCGACGGCUGGCUUGAGCUCCUCUCGCUCGUCAAGGACGCGAACCCGGUCAGCGGCAAGGUGCACACCUUCCCGCGCUCGCUCGGCCCGCUCUUUGCCGAGCGCUUCCUCGCUCGCUACUUGCGGGACGACCCGACGCUGCCGCCCCGCCACCCGCACCGCGCCGCGCGCGACGCGCGCUACUACCUCCUCUUCGUCGCCUGCACGCCUCCGGCCGGCGUCGCGAGGUACGUGCUCGGCAUGCUGGCGGGGCAACGGCACGAGCUCGACGAUAUGUUGCUCGGCUCGCUCGCUUAUCGGAUGAGCGGCGCCGAGUUCCGGGAGGUCAUCGAGUACAUCCAGCCUUCCGCCUGGCCCUCGCGGCUGCAAUGGGCGCUCACGUGCGUCAUCGAGAUGGGAGACACGUGCGAGAUGCUGCGCCACGUACUCGACGUGCUCGCCGCCUUUGGGGAGGGGCUCCUCGCGCAGCUCCUCAAGGCGCUCCUCACAGAUCCGCUGCUGGCUACCACGGCCAAGCUGCUCGCACAGGCCGAGCCGCGCACGCUGCUGCGGCAGCGACUGCCCAAGGCGGAGGGCAGCGCGGCGUCGCGCGCGCUGUGGCUGGUAUACCACCGCGAGGCGUGGCGGGCGGGCGCGCCUUACACGCGUGAGGAGCUACGCCGCGACGCGCACCUCACGGCCAAGGCGCCGCUGAGUCGGCCCGAGGUGCUGCUUCUCGGCGUGGACGCCCCCUCGUACAAGCUCCUGAUCGAGGAGGCGCCGCAGCACGCGGUGUGUGCCUUCGCGUACCGGCUGCUCGAGGCGGAGCCGGCCUUCGCCGCCAAGCUCUCCCAGGCACAGCUCCUCUCCGUCGUCGAGCUGACCGCCUCCGGCCUCCGCGACGACGCGCAUUGGGAGACGUGCCGCCGCGUGGUGCCGGCGGUCGAGCCCGCGAUCGCGCUCCGCCUCUCAAUCGACCUCUUCAAGGCGUCGCGCGAGCUCCCCGACCUGCAGCUGCUCAAGCACGCGUACCACCGCGUCGACUGCUUCACGCGCAAGCAGGUGUGGCUGCCUGCAGAGCUGGGCGCGCUGUGGACGUCCCACCGCGACGCGCUGCAGCGCGAGGUGGUGGAGGGCGCGCUGCCGCACGCGACCACGCUCGGCGGCAUGUUUUCCGCCCACGUGCCUCGGCUGGACUCCGCCUCUGAGGCGGCCGAGGGGGGCGCAAAGCAAGAAGGACGCCUCUGAGACUAGCUUCUGAAAGCGACGCCUCUUUGUCUCUGCUCCGCUGGCACGUGCGGGCCGUUCGUGCGAAGACGCUGCCCUUGUUUCGCUCUCCUCUCGGCCGACCCCGUCCCCGACCCCGUGUGCGUCUAGUAGAAUUCCCACAGCGGCAAGAGCCAAGAAUUCGGUUUUCGCAUAUCAUUUGACAUUUCAUAUGUCAAC